AUGCGCGCCGCGCCUGGGCUCGUUGCCGUGGCUGCGGCUACGGCGUGGUACGCAUACAAAGGCAUAGCAGCCGUCCAGCGGCGUGCGGCGCUGGCGACGAGCCUCUUGGCAGACGCGCGCGCGAGUAUGGAGCAUGCGUGCACCUCGGCAGACGCAGCCGUGCACACGCUGCGUAGCCUCCCUGGCGAAGUCACAUGGCAGAUGGGCGAGCAGAGUCUGCACGGCAUUGAGUCGACUGUACGCUCGCUCGGUAGGAUCCUGGUUGCGUGCCUGGCACUGGCCGAGAUGGCAUUCGAUCUCGUCUGCGCGACGUACCGCUCUUUUUUUCUCUGUACCGUACAGCUGGUCGUGCAAGGGACGCUCGCGGUCCUCGACGCGGCGACCGAGGCGAUAGCCGAUGCGGUCAAGGCCGCAGGCCAGGCGCUCGAGCUCGUGCUGCGCACGCUCAUGAAUGCCGCGCAGGGCACAGCGGACGUCGCUACCGAUACCCUGAACGGCGUGCUGGGUCUCUUUGGGCAGCACAUCCAAGCGCCACAGUGGAGCGAGCCGGCUGCCAUGCAGGUCCUGCGCAACAUCACACUCCCGCCCGCGCUCGUGCACCCGUUCCAGGAGCUGAGCACGCAGCUGCCGACCGUCGACUCGCUCCGUGCCGCGACCAAGGACACGUUUCACUUGGCUGUAGGCAACGUCCAAGACAAUGUGAACCGCAGCGUUGCCAUGGUCAGUCUGCGCAUGCCGCCCCGAGCGCCGAUAGCCGACGCAGCGCCAGUGUGUGCGCAGAUGGACUGGGCGCUGCUCGACGCGUGCCGCGCAGCCGUGCGGCGCGCCGCCAGCAUGGGCUAUAUUGCCGUGGCUCUCGGGGCUCUGCUUGCAUUCGGACUGAGUUUGUGUGCGUAUGGCCUUCCGGCGAUGCGCACUUCGUACCCUACGUAUGGGCGGCGUGUCGGUGCGCACUUCGUAUCGGCCUUGGGCACGCCGCUCGUCGUCUUUCUCCUGGCUGCGCAGCUUCUUCAUCUCGGCGUCGUGCAAGUCCAGCUUGGAUCGGUGCAUGUGCUUUUGCAGCGGAUCCGCGAGCUGCCGACGCUGCCCGACGUCCCGUGGCCACUCGUUCAAGUAGGCAAGGACGCGGCCGAUGCCGCCAACGCGCAACUCGGCGCGGCGCAGGACGACAUAAAUCGUGCGCUCUCGGACAGCGUGCACCACCUCGUCCCCGGGGCGCUCGACACGCUCAAUGCGGUCCUGGAUUUAUUGUCGGGCACCAUCCGCGAUUUGCUCGGCAGCACGCCGAUGCAAGGGCCUGUCUCGCAGUUUGCCAUGUGUGUCGUCGGGAACAAGAUUGCAGCGGCGGAGCAUGCGCUGGCCCUUUUGCAGAGUGCACUGCAUCUCACGCUGCCGACCCUUGAGGCGCCCACCCUUCCUACUACGACGCUGCUGCAGCCAGUUGCUCUGACGCCGCACAACUUUCGCGCGACCGCUUGGUCGUUGGGCUGA